AUGGCUGAAAUUUGUCAUCAGUCUGGUGACAACGAAGUUUUAAUGUAUAUUGUGACUGAUAAAGACUUGGACGUAAGACGUUAUAACGAUGCUGUCACCACUGACGUAGCGGCUAUAUUUCGGGCAAGGGAUGGGGAACCUCCAGGGGAACGUAAUUUAAUAGUUUACUCAAAAUCACAUGGAAUACGAAGAGUUUCAGUUCUUGAGCCUUCUUUAGAUCCGAUGGCAUAUCCACUUUUGUUUCCAGGGGGUGACAGUGGAUGGAAUCCUGGAAUGUUGCAUGCUCCUGGGACGUCAAGACAACGCAACAGAUUAACGAUGUUACAGUACACUUCAUAUAGACUUGCUAUCAGAGAUGAAUUUAGUAUACUGCAUAGGUCCCAAAAACUUUUCUUGCAAUGGGUGGUGGAUAUGUACGUAAGGAUCGAGGGAACAAGAUUAGAUUUCAUUCGAAACCAUCAAAACCAACUUCGAGCUGAUUUGUACUUGAACGUCUGUGACUUUUUUCACGAUCGUGUUGAAAAUCAGAACCAUCGUCUUGGGAGACAAGUCAUUUUACCAUCUUCAUUCAUAGGCUCGCCACGCAACAUGAAUCAAAACUACCUUGACGCGAUGGCUAUAGUUCAAAAAUUUGGCAAACCGUCAUUAUUUAUUACAGUUACGUGUAAUCCCAAAUGGAUCGAGAUUGUACAAAACUUGGAACCUGGAGAGUUACCUCACUUUAGACCUGAUUUAGUUGUAAGAGUUUUUCACACUAAACUCAAAGAGUUAGUAUCUGAAAUUAUGAAAAACCAAAUAUUUGGAAAACCUGUAGCUUUAAUAUACACUAUCGAAUUCCAAAAACGGGGAUUACCACACGCACACAUAUUGUUGACGUUAGACGAGGAAGACAGAAUUCAAGAUGCCGAAACAAUUGAUCAAAUUGUACAUGCUUAUCUUCCCGAUAAAGAACGUUACCCAAUGCUCUUUGAAAAAGUGAAGAACCAAAUGAUUCAUGGCCCAUGUGGCACUUUGAAUCCUCGGUCACCGUGUAUGAAGGAUGGCGAAUGCAGUAAAAGAUUUCCUAAAGAUUUUAAUGAAACCACUAGGGAAAAUGUUAAUGGAUAUGCUGUAUAUAAGAGACCUGACAACAACAACACUGUAGAUGUUUGA